CAUACAUGUACUCUAGAGGAGCUUCUUUCGGCAGGGAGAGAAGUGCAGAAUAUGUAAAAGGAUUUAACGAAAUGGCCACUGUAGAUGGUCAGUCAUCCCAGUACACGUACAUGUUACAUUUAGCCAGUGGGUGCAUUGAAUUCUUGAAUUCGUGGCUCCAGAAUGGUUGUUGUGUACCGGUAUGCCUGCUCGCCCGAGCUCAGACCUUUGACACUGUUGCAAACCACAGAAUACCAACAGCACCAUUAAACCGAUCUAUCACUGCUGGCUAGCUAGCCAUCCAAGCAUCAACAGAGCACACAGUUCUUUGUUUUAUCCCCUUUGUCCUUUUAUGAAGGAUACAGAAUGACAUCCUCUCUAAAGGAUAUUGUCAAAGGCACCGAAGAGGACAAGGAAGAGCAUGAGCAACACGACAGCAGUAUCAACGCCGUCGAAGUAGGCUCGCACCGCCUACACGUCUUGGCAGAACUGGGAAUUCUAGGAUCUUCAGUAUCCGAGGGAGAGGAACGAUUUGGCACUACAUGUAGUAGGCAAAGUUCGGAAAACGAUUCAGGGUUUUUGGGACAUCAUCAUCCAUUAUUUCCAAGCAGCGGAAAUGACACAUCCGAGAUUGAUGGAGGGGAAGCAGAAGAAGGGAAUGCAGAAGAAACAGAAGGCGCUACGGAGGACGAGUUCAUCAUGAAGGUACUGCAAGAGCGGAUGAGGGAGCAUUCCGCUGACAGCCCCGGCACUGAACCACAAGGCAUCCCAACGCAGCCAGAAUCAACCAGCAACGCUCAGCAAGUAUCUACCCAGCCACAGGAGCCUGGUGCCUAUUUUGCAGCGCCUGGAAUGAGGGGACUCCAGAGAGCCGAGUCUCUCAACUUAUCACUAUUUGAUUCCUCAUCCGAAUUUUCACUUGGCCCACUCGAAAGUGACAACGAUGAGGAACUUGGCCUGUCGCCUGCAGAAACAUGCACCGGCACUGUCGGGAAUUCCAGCCCGACGGAGGAAACUGAUGCAACUCCUAGUGACACCGACAACCAUGGUGGGUUGGCAGUAGCAGACAUGGUUGAAGAAGACUUGCCUCAUGCAGAAAACUACAAUGUCCAAAACCAGGAUACAACGAGGCAGGAAAAGACCAAGCAAGCAAAAAUCAGAAUCAUUUUGGGGGUCAUGGCUUUGGCAAUGAUUAUCAUCAUAUUGGCAGCAGUUUUCCUUGUUGUUGACAAGGGUGCAACUCCUCACACACCUGAAUUGGGGACAGAACUUCAGACUAACUAUCCUUCAGAGUCUCCAGUCAAUCCAUUGGAGAAGAAAAUCAAGCCUGUGCUGUUCAAAGGAAAUGCCACACUGGCUCUAGGAGAUGCUGAUUCACCUCAGUUCAGAGCCUAUCAGUGGCUGUUGGAAGACUCUGAUCAUCUCCCCACUUAUUCUGAUGAAAGGAUCAUGCAGAAGUUUGCUCUGGCCAGUUUGUACUUUGCCACUGAUGGCAAUGGUUGGGAAGAUAACACAAACUGGCUCAAUCAUAGCAUUCAUGAAUGCAGCUGGAUCAACAUGCCAAGUUUUUCAAGGAAACACGUCACUUCUUUUUACCUUCCAGGGUACCUUGAUGGUUUCUUGGAACCUCCUCCCUCCACUCCAUGUGAUGAGGAUGGCCUCUACCAACACCUUUGGCUUGACCAGAACAACCUCAUGGGCUUUGUGCCAACUGAGUUUUUCAUGUUAACAACAUUGAAGACACUGUCAAUGGGGAGGAAUCAAAUAGAUGGGACCAUUUCUAGUAUGAUUGGGAAACUGACACGAUUGGAAGGACUAGCUCUUGGUCAGCUGCCUCCCAAAGGUGUCAUUCCAACUGAAGUAGGUUUGCUGACAAACUUGAAUGUACUCUUCUUGGGUCGAAAUCAGCUUCAGGGAACUAUUCCCAGUGAGCUCUGGAAGCUUACCAACUUGGUUGAUGUGGUUCUGUUUGGGAACCCCGAACUGGGGGGGACAAUCCCCACUGAGAUAUCUGCUUUCUCAAAGUUAAGAUGGCUCAUCCUGGAUCAGAGUGGCUUUUCAGGAACAAUUCCAACUGAAAUAGGGCAAAUCAAAUCACUGGAGUGGCUUGUAAUUGCUGAGAAUAGCAUGACUGGGAACCUUCCAAGUGAGAUAGGGCAGCUUUCAAAGUUGAUGUUGAUUUCUGCAUGGGACAACUGGUUUGAAGGCGCUCUACCUACAGAGUUUGGCCUUCUCUCAUCAAUGUUUUUGGCUCGACUGGACAAGAACCAGUUUUCUGGUCAAGUCCCAAGUGAGCUUGGCCUUCUCGCAAGCUUGGAGGAUUCCCUGGACUUGAGAGACAAUCUGUUUUCCGGAGUCAUUCCCACCCAACUUGGCUUCUUGACAAGGCUACAAGAGUUGGAGUUUUCCAACAACCAAUUCUCUGGCCAGAUCCCUAGUGAGCUUGGUCAGCUCACCAACAUGGUCCAGUUGAUAUUUGCCAAUAACUCCAUAUCUGGCACUGUCCCUCAAGAACUAUCGCCACUUCAGGGCUCUUUGUACAUGUUGAAGCUGGUAGGUAAUCCAGGCUUGUCUGGGACUGUUCCUGUGGAGCUAUGUACCAUCAAUGCCACCUGUACAAGCACUUCUGUGAAUGAAUGUGGAGAUGCUGCUGGACUGGCUUUUGACUGUUCCAGCUUGCUUUGUGGCUGUGGUUGCUUGUGCAGUCAUGCAUAGCAUCUGACUGUAGGAAUUGGAUCUGUCCAAAAUGAGCACAAGGUCUCAACGGAUUCAACAUGUGCUACCGGUAUGACAAGCGUGGCUCUCUGGCAACUCCUUCCACCAAACCCAUGUCUUGGUCAAGGCAAUUAAUAUUCUCAGGCUUUGAUCAACUGUUGUUGAAGUGUAUUACAUAGUCUUCGUGCAUUUCAGUUGUUACACUGGCAGACAUCUUACCUAUGGUGCGCUGCCGGCAGUGGGUUUUCUGCAUGCAACUGAACUGAUAUUGAGUGAUCCGCUCUGUGCAGGGGGG